UUGCGAGUUCACUUCCGGUAUGACGCAAUUGAUGACGUCAUACACGUCGCUUCCGUAGUGAAGUGAGGGAUCAGUGAAACACUUAUAACAGCUCAUAAGGCGGUAAUAACGCGGGACACAACUGGUCUGGGUUCAGCUUUCAUCUGUUUAUCUGUCUUAAUUGAAGUGGAUAAUGAGGUCCGACAGCAGCUGGUCUGGUGAUGAGGAUCAGUCCUCUAAGUUAAUGAGGAAGGCUAAAGAGUCUCCGUUUGUCCCUAUAGGAAUGGCGGGUUUCCUCGGGGUUGUAGCUUACGGUUUGUACAGGCUGAAAUCUCGUGGAGAGAUGAAAAUGUCUGUCCAUCUGAUUCACAUGCGUGUCAGAGCUCAGGGCUUUGUGGUUGGCGCCAUGACACUCGGUGUAAUAUACUCGAUGUAUAAGGAAUAUCUGGCUCCUGCUGAGAAGUGACACAGCCGAGCUGCUCCGUGUCCACACUGUGUUUACAGUGUAAAUAAACACUAAAGAAUCAA